CGGACAGGCAGAGGGGACAACGAGCCCGGACCCCCACGGAGGAAAUUACUGAUAGAAAAUGCCGUGUUGAAAAAGACUGGACGUAGCCGCUUGCUCACCGUGCUCCUCUGUUUUGGGAUUAAGCAUUGCUGAUGAAAAUUACACUUUAAGCCCUCAUGUGCACGUGUUACGUUGGUAUCAAGUAAAAAUCUCUGUUUUCCUUUAAGUAUUCCUUCCUUUUAAUUAUUUCUUAAUUCUUUGUUCACUUAACUGAACUGAUUGAGCAAGUCACUGCUUCAUUAUUCUUCCAGACUAACUUUUUAAAGUCAAAAAGUAAGUGUAGAAACAGAAGUGUGCAGGAGUGGGGAGGUACUGAGGCUUCUCUCCGUGUUUCCAGUGGGGCAGGAGCUGGUUUACCACUCCUUCCCACUCUCUUCAGCAGAUAUUCACCUUCUCUGUUACCCCUCUUCUAUAAGGGAAAUUCCAUAACCACCUGUGUAGUCAGUUCUGCUGUCUUAUUAUUUUUCUGGUUAGCAAUUCUAAUAUCAAACCUAAAUUUCUGUUGCAGGUGUUCUUCUCUAUACAGGUGUUUUUAUAGUGAGGACUAUUAUGUCUUUGCCUUUUUUUUUUUUUUAAUUCUUCAGUCUUUCUUUAUCAGUACCGUUUCUUAUGUCCGUUACACCUGUUUGAUGGUAUUUUUCCCCACUUGUGUGUAUAUGUUCUUUUUAGCAUGAUCAUCAAAACUAGGAACGAGGUCUUGCUAGUGUCAAGUCUGUAUCUAAACAAUGGCUCUCUUGUUCAACACCCAGAAUAAGAUGCAUCCAGUCAUGUAGUUAACACACACAACCCAGCUACAGCAUCCAAGUGCUGAAGUGAGAGAGUACGCCUGUGCCAGUAUUUCCAAACUGUUGCAGCAGAAGCAUGUAAUCCCAGCGUUUUUGCAGAGAGAUGUUGUCCGGUGUUUGGGGCCUAUGUUGCUAGAUCACAGUUUAGCUGUGCGUGAGACAGCAGCAGGGGCUCUCCGAAAUCUCAGUGCUUGUGGAGGAUUUGAAGUCUGUGAUGACAUGGUGACAAAAGACAUCAUGACACCCCUUGUCGCACUUCUGAAAGAGUGUAGCGCUGGACUAGAUGCUAAUCAGCUCUCUCCAAAGAAACGCAGAGAAAUGAACAAAAAUUAUGUUGAAGACAUAGCCAACGAGGCUAUUAACUUGCUGUGGAAUGUGUGUGAAUGCAACAAUACAGCAGUAUCCAUAUUCAAUAAAGAAGGGUGUCUGGAGGCUGUAUUACAUUAUAUGAAGAAAUUUUCCACAAAUGUAGAUCUGGCUAUUUCAGUUGCAAACUGCUUACAGGCAGUGACAGAGGACAAUCCUGAACUUCUUUCUUCAUUCAAUUCCUCCACACAACAAGUAUUGGAAACUGUUAUGUUGUGUCCGGAGAGCUCAAUGAAGCAUAUCCUUUUGAGAACACUGAUAGCAGGCACUAUCUGGAAUAUCAAGGACACUAUUCCACCAGGCAGCCUGGCAAGCAUGGUUAAUGCAGUCCUGAAGAUUUUCUCAGAAUCGUUAGAAGUAGAUGCUGGUGAAACAAUUAUUCAUAUGAAUGAAGCUGAAAAAAACAGGUUAAAACUUUCUGCAGAGGCAGAAACAGAGGAAAACAUGAGUGAUGUUAUAGACAGCUGUGUUUUGAGUGAAGAUGAUGAAAUGGAAGAAAUACCAAAGGGAAAAGUCAGACGAGCAAAUGACAUUUCAGACCUACUUCCAUCUGAUAAGUGGGAGCUGAAAGAAGUGACAGCCUUACUGAUGGCUCAGCAGACUGCUCUGGAAAUCAUUGUUAACAUGUGCUGCAGUGAAGAUCCCUCUGAUGAUGAAUGGGAGGAACUCUCCAGCAGUGAUGAAAGUGAUCUGUUUAUGGAAAAUUCAUACAAUGAGGGCAGUGGGCUGCUAAUGUCACCCCUAUGCCUCUCUGAUGAGGUUAACUCAGCGUUUCUGAACUACCUCAUUCCGAAGAAGAUUCUUGAAAAAACUGCUUUUCCGAACAGUGUUGCUCUAGACAUCUGUAUGCACAAUCCAUCUUGGAAACCAUUAAUUAAAAAACUGAACACAGUGCAGUGUAGAGCUUUGACAUGUCUUCACAGCAUUUUAUUAGUGUCAGAUGUGGAUUGUCUUGGGGGAGCUUCAGCACUUCAGUCACUUGCACAGCAUCUCUCACAGCUAGUCUUUUCUAAGACAGAAUUCCCUAAAGACACAGAGUUCCUGGAAGCCAUAACUAGUGCUUUGAGGGCGCUCUUACAAACAAUGGCAUCAAAGAACAUCUCCCAGUGUAUGACUCCUGAGCAGCUAAUCGCUUUAUGUGAAGCUGGUAUUCACAGCAGCAAUUCCAGUGUUAGAGUGAACGUAGUUAGCAUCCUUGGAAUUUCUGGCAGUGUCCUGGCAAAAGCAGAAGAUACAGCUGAAACACUAAAGAUGAUUGGAAAAUUUCUUCUUGAGGUUGCUAUGAAGGAGUCUUCUCUUGUGGUAGCAGGGGAGGCCUUGGAUGCACUUUUUGAUGUGUUUGCAGAUGGUAAAGAAGCGGAAAAGGCAGCAGUGCAGAUUAAGUUGCUUGCAGCACUGAAAGAAUUUCAACCAGUAUUCAAAAUGAGGAUGCGAAAAGAAGGCAAAGGAGAAUAUAGCGCAGAUCAGCUGUGUGUUCUGGACAAUGUGAAGAUGAAUUUGAGAAGAUUCAUUGCAUAUCAGGAGACAUUAGCGAAAAACCCAACUUGAAACAUCAAGGAAAUUUAAACUAAGGUUUCUUUUAUUGAAUAAUGUUUUCCAAAAAUAUAACUAUUUUGGCUUUGAAAAUAUGUUGAGCAGAGCAGUUUUGCUUUCCUGUUAAUAUUGCUUUUUUUUUAAAACAGUAUUUUUAUACUUCUGGGUUGAUGCAAUAUGAAAGUAGCGUCAGCAUAAAAAAGAGUAACAUUACUUUGAGAUGAAAUGUUAACAGUGAUAAGAAUGUGCUCUUGCAGUCCUGAGAUCUGUAAAUAGCACUACUGUCAGUGUUUAGAAAUCCUCAUGUAUCCUGGCACAAAAUUAUCAAUGCACAAAAAAGUAGUUUAAAGAAUGUCCUCAGUUAUGUGCCAAAUCAAGAAAACAAAACAAAACCCUCUAAGAUAUUUUCAGGGAAUUGAGCAGUGGCAGAAUGCUCAUAUUUGCUAUUUGUUCUUACCUGUUUCUACAAUUGCACAGGCACUUACGGCAAGUUUCCCAAGAUAAGUGUAUGACAAGUGUGUAGACUACUGUCAGCACUUGGAUCUAUUACUUCUUGAGGUUUAUCAAAAAGAAAACUGUCUCAGAUUCGUUUAUGAUAAAUUCAGUAGGGUAGGCUUUUACUGUGGAAUCAGUUUAAGAGAAUCCUACUCUCAAACACAGCUCUGUUUUUACAGUAUUUUGAUUGGUAUUGCAGAAAAUCAAGUCUGCUGAUUUACCUUCUUCCUUGUAAUUCUACAUUAGGAUAAGUAUGAAUUCAGGGAAGUAGUAAACCUAAUAAAGAAAGAUAUUUUUUAUACUGA